GGCUGGUGGUCUGUCCGUCAGUUGGCGCAAUCGAACCUAGUUCGAUUUAGCAUUUCAAUACGCGCAGUUUCAAAUAAGGAAGUGGACCGUCUUUGUUCUCAAACGUUGAAGGUCAAAACAUGUCGGACAUUGGUGACAAUCACGACAAAUCACCUGGACAUGGGCAUCGAAAACCAACGACGGACAGUGCCAACGUCCCGUCCGUUUUGAUGGCCCUCACAGGCGCUGCUGUUGUAGCCAUUCAGACGUACGUAUUCAUCACGUUCGGAGACGCCGCUGACUCGUACGAGUUCUUCCUCGUUUGCAACGGGAUGGCCAUGGCCAGCGGCGCUGUUUGCCUCUUGACCGGCAUUCUUUGCCUUUGCUGCGUCUCUUCCAAACGUUCCUCAUCCACAUUGGGAUUCAGUGUCUUUAUGAACGUAAUGGCCGCUAUCGGGGCCAUCGGUUCCACGGCCGUCACUGCCAUGGAAUCAUCGCGGAUCGGCUCCGACGAUGCCCAACAUCCGUGUACAUCAAACACUAGCAUCAACUGCUCGCUGUGGUUUGAUUUGGAAAUAGGAGUCGCUGUGAUCAGCGGAGUUAAUUUCGUCCUGGCAUUAACUUUAGUUAUCCUCAUAUCAAUGGGCAUGAAACGGCCCAAGGUGAGAGAGAUUCAUUAUCAACCUGACGUGGUUUAUGAACAAACAGCGCCCAGCAUCAGCGGGAUGAUGGAUAUGGAACCUGUCCAGCCGGAACAGAUGUAUCCGAUGGUUGGGAUGCAAGAACAGCCAGCUGAUGUCCAAAUUUCAUCUUCAGAACAAGAAGAAGAAAAAGAGGCAGAAAAGGAGUCGACGAAUAUGAGCAGAGGACCUUUCAUGGAACAAUUGAAAAUGAUGUCCAGGGAGGAACUGGAACGUCGGCUGGGCGAGCACAUGCAGCACCAGUUCCUGGAGGAGCUGCGACAAGAGUUGAGUAGACGCAAUUUAAUUCCAAUUAACGGAAGACUUGCCCCAACUCGAUCGCGGAGCAGUUCGACAAAGUCGAAUGUUCCAGCACCGCAACCCGAUUACUACGAGGAACCCUCAGGAUAUAACAAAGACGAGCGUUUCUAAUUUUGAAAGCCAUUUUUUUUUUUUAGAUGAUUUCUAAUUGUCUUUCUUUUUAUAUCAUUGGAAAUUAAAAAUAUUUGUUCAUCUCUCUCAAAACGCCA